GUCGUCCGUGUUGUGACUGGGGAGAAGGGGAGGGGUCCGGCUAGCUGGGCGUGCGGUGGGGUGUGGGAGCCGUAGCGGCGCAGAGUUAGCCCCGGCCGCCGCCAUGCCCGGCAUCGACAAGCUCCCCAUCGAGGAGACGCUGGAAGACAGCCCCCAGACCCGAUCUUUGCUGGGAGUAUUUGAAGAAGAUGCUGCUGCCAUUUCCAAUUACAUCAAUCAGUUAUUUCAAGCCAUGCACAGAAUAUAUGAUGCACAGAAUGAAUUAAGUGCAGCAACUCAUCUGACUUCAAAGCUUCUGAAGGAAUAUGAGAAACAGCGUUUUCCACUAGGGGGAGAUGACGAAGUUAUGACUUCCACUCUACAGCAAUUUGCGAAAGUGAUUGAUGAGCUCAGCUCUUGCCAUGCAGUACUUUCAACUCAACUUGCGGAUGCAAUGAUGUUUCCUAUUACCCAGUUUAAAGAAAGGGAUCUAAAAGAGAUACUAACUCUAAAAGAAGUUUUCCAAAUUGCAAGCAAUGACCAUGAUGCUGCCAUUACCAGAUACAGUCGGUUGUCAAAAAGAAGGGAAAAUGAAAAGAUCAAGGCUGAAGUUACAGAAGAUGUAUAUACUUCAAGAAAAAAACAGCAUCAGACUAUGAUGCACUAUUUCUGUGCAUUAAAUAGUCUUCAGUACAAAAAGAAGAUUGCUAUGCUAGAACCCUUGUUGGGAUACAUGCAAGCUCAGAUAAGUUUUUUUAAAAUGGGCUCAGAAAAUCUUACAGAGCAGUUGGAAGAAUUUUUGACCAAUAUUGGCACAAGUGUACAGAAUGUUCGCAGGGAAAUGGAGUGUGAAGUAGAAAACAUGCAACAAACUAUAGAGGACUUGGAAGUGGCUAGUGAUCCACUGUAUUUGCCUGAUCCUGAUCCUACGAAAUUUCCUGUUCACAGAAAUCUAACACGGAAAGCUGGCUAUCUCAAUGCAAGAAAUAAGACAGGGCUGGUAUCUUCCAGCUGGGAGAGACAGUUUUACUUCACUCAAGGUGGAAACCUGAUGAGCCAGGCGAGAGGUGACGUAGCUGGGGGACUUGUCAUGGAUAUAGACAAUUGUUCUGUAAUGGCUGUGGACUGUGAAGACAGACGGUACUGCUUUCAGAUAACAUCUUUUGAUGGCAAAAAGUCUUCAAUCUUACAGGCAGAAAGUAAAAAAGAUUAUGAAGAGUGGAUAUGCACCAUAAACAACAUAUCUAAACAGAUAUAUCUAAGUGAAAACCCUGAGGAAAUUGCUGCACGUGUGAAUCAGUCAGCUCUGGAGGCUGUUACUCCAUCUCCUUCCUUUCAGCAGAGGCAUGAGAGCAUGCGUCCAGCUGUACAAUCUCGUCCUCCUGCAGCUCGUACUAGCAGCACAGGAUCACUGGGAUCUGAAUCAGCAGCUUUAUCAGCACUUUCCUUGGAUUCACUUGUUGCCCCUGACACUCCUAUACAAUUUGACAUAAUAUCUCCAGUUAGUGAAGAUCUGCCUGGUCAAGCAAAAUCUUCAGGGCAGUCGGGCAGACGCACAAAUCCUUUUGGUGAAUCUGGAGGCUCAAAAUCUGAAACAGAAGAUUCAAUACUUCAUCAGUUAUUUAUUGUAAGAUUUCUUGGCUCUAUGGAGGUGAAGUCUGAUGAAAGUCCAGAUGUUGUUUAUGAAACAAUGCGUCAGAUAUUAGCAGCGCGUGCCAUCCAUAAUGUUUUCAGGAUGACAGAAUCACAUUUAUUAGUCACUUGUGACUGCCUAAAGUUAAUUGAUCCACAGACACAAGUUACAAGACUACGAUUUCCUUUGCCCAAUGUAGUCUUGUAUGCUACGCACCAGGAGAAUAAGCGCCUUUUUGGAUUUGUGCUUAGAACUUCAGGAGGGAGAGUUGAGAGCCGUCAGACUUCCAUCUGCUAUAUAUUUGAAUCAAAUAAUGAAGGGGAAAAGAUUUGUGACUCUGUUGGACUGGCAAAACAGAUAGCUUUUCACGCAGAACUGGAUCGAAAAGCAUCAGAAAAGCAGAAAGAAAUAGACAGAGUCAAAGAGAAACAACAAAAAGAACUGAAUAAACAAAAACAAAUUGAAAAGGACUUGGAGGAGCAAAGCCGGUUGAUAGCUGCUUCCAGCAGAUCGAACCAGGGCAGCGGAGAAGGACAGUUCGUAGUCCUUAGCAGUAGCCAGUCAGAAGACAGUGAUUUAGGAGAAGAAGGAAAGAAGAAGAGAGAAUCUGAAGCCUAAAGUUGCCUACUUUAUUAAACUUGGACUCCUGGAUAUAUCUGGUGAAACGGCACAAGUUCCACAAGAAGUGAAAUGUAAGUGGAAGGGUCUGCUGCGUUUAUAUAAGAGACUUCACAAUGUAGACCCUGUUAUGCCUUGAUGUUUCUUUCUCAAUUAAGGGAUUUCCAUUUUCAUGUCAGUAUAAUUUCUCUUCUGUAUGCCAGAUGAAACGUGGUGAUGCUUCCAUGUUUGUUACAAAAUUAUGUUUUCUCAAGGCUUCUCUGCAGUUACGGAAAAACCUGGGAAGUUUUCCCCUCUUAGCUCUGUACAAUCUCUGUACAAUUGCCUGCUCUUGAAGCAGAACUUAAAACUCUCUUGGACCUUGGCAGUACACGGAAAUUUGUUGUUAAACUGCAGGAUGGAGAACAUCUUGCUGGAGACAAAAGUGGACGUCCAAAUAAGACAGUACUCAGCUUUACCUGAUUUGUUGCACAUAACUGUUCUUAGAUUUAGAAAGAAAAAUCUUUAUUAGCAUCAUUGAGAUGUGCAGUAGUUCUAGACAGAAAGAUCUUAUUUUUUGUUUCACAUUGCACUGUGUGAUGCUCUUUUGAUUUUUUUGGUGAAUAUAAUGCUGAAAGAAGUUUUUCAACAGCAGAAAAAAAAUACUGUCAGACCUAGAUAGGAGCUGAUAAGACGCAGUUGCACUUUGCUGCAUGAGGAAUGUAUCAAGCAUUCCUUAUCAAAUGAGAAAGAACAGUGUAUAUAUUCUUGUAGCACAAGUGCCAUGUUCUUGUUUUUUCCCCAGUACAUGUAAUAAAAAAGCUGUAAGCCUUCGAGUUCACUUUUUAUAAAACAUGAUUAGAGUUGCAGGAACGUCUUGAAUUUCAUAAUUUGAAAAAUCUUCUGACUAUGUAAAUGCCUUGCCACCAGUACACAUUUACUGAAAACGAGUUGAGGCUCUCCAAGUCUUUUUAUGGAAACUGAUUUUGCAAACAGAAUUUACUAGUUCUUAAGUAAGAGACUAUACUAAUCCUACAUACUAGAGUCAAUCCCAUAAUGCGUUUUUCAAAGCAGUGUCUGUUUAUAGCUUGUAAUCUGAACUGUGUUCCAUACCCUGUGUAAUAUUUAUUUUGUAUAGUACUAAGAGUGCAUUCACCUUUUGAUCCAGAAGAGAAAACUUGUUUGAAGAGAAAUAUUUAUUUUUGCACUAAUUACUAUAAAUACUAAAAUCCAGUGGAACAGAAGAUAUCUCUCUAAUAGUGGCAUGAAAAUAACAGGAAAUAUAGAAAGAGAAGAAUAUACUUAUACUCCAAGUUAUAAUAUAACAGUUACGAGUGUUUUACAGUUCGUUGCAGGGCAUUUCUGGUGUUCAGGAAUGGAAGCAAUUUUGUAUCUCCCCAUCAGCUGGUGACAGCCCAGCCCUUCGCAGCCGGAGUUGCUCAGUGCUGGUAGAGUGAGGGAGGAAUCUCAGGACCUCUCUGCCGGGUGGCUGUAGGUACGCCGAGCAGCAGUAUCCUUAGCUCCCCUCGCACCGGAGCGGCCCCGUGCUGGCCUGAGGAAGCGGUCUCCUCCUGCCCUCCAUGCUGGAGAGGCACAUUUUUGUGCAGAAGUUGGCUGGAUCUGGCCCCGUCGCAGUGGGAACGGGGAGCAGCGCCUGCCCUUGCAGCGCUGGGCAGGACCAAGAGCCUGCCGCGCUGGGGCGGCUGCUGCAGGAGCUGGAGCAGCUCUGCGGGCGGGUGGGACUGGCACCCCGAGCAGCCGCAGAAGGGGUCACGGUACCCCGGCCUUCCCAGGGAGGGGCAGCCUGAGCAGCAGAGAGGCUCCGGGUUCUCUUUCCGAGUCAGUUAGCAACUCCUGCUCCAGUACGUUUUUCAUCCCAGAGUAGCCAGUCACUUGCAAAAAUACCUGCUUUUGCUGUUGCCCGUAUUUGGCUAGCAGACUGUCAUGUGGACCACACAAAUUUAAGGCUUUUUUCUAAAAAAAGUGACAUUUUUAUUUCAUCUAUAGUCAUCUUUUCUCAGCUCUCAAGAGAUGGUUUUUAUUCUUGCCAACAAAAAUGUACAGAGAGGCAGCAAAUCAAAUUUUUUCCCUUUUUGUGCCUAAAUCUAGGCUUACAGAUAGUUGCGUGGCAACCAGUUUGUCUCUGCAAAUUGUUCCAGUUCAUUUUUCUUUCUCUCUGUUUUUUUGUUCGUUUUUACUCAGUGAUAUUUCUGUUUUCUAUCAAAAUAAUGUGACAGCAUAGCUCAAGGUUACUGUGUCUUACCGUAUCUUCCUCAAGUAUGUGCUGAAAAUGAAGUAGAUCUGAAACAGCACAGGAAGAGUAUGAAAUCAGUGACUUCCAGUUUCUAGAAUCUCAUCGGCCAGUUUGUCAGCAUGGGAGUGAUUGCGGUCAGCACCUCAGCUGUGCCAACCCCAGCUCUGUGUGGAAGACGGUGACUAGAUUAGCUGUCUCAUCAAAAAAUUACACAUUUCUGAUGUGUAGCCUGUUUUACAUUAGCCUUAUUGAAGAUGUGUCAGAAAAUUGAAUUACUCAAUAUUUUUUUUUCUCUUGAAACCUUGAAAGCUACUGUUUUAGACCUGCAUCUGCAAAGAAGAGGAAGAAAGCGGGAGAAACAAGUAGGCAGAUGAAUUUACUGUCAUGGGUUUUUUUUCAGAUUUAGCACUACGUGACUGUAAUUACUCCAUUUGCUUUUCAGGCUCUCUUAUCUAUGCCAUUAAAUCUAGUUUUCUAUAACAGACAGCACAGGAGUGAAGUGCAUUUCAUUUGUAUUGGGUGAUUGUCAUCUUAACCACUAAAAAAAAGAGGAAAUGAUUGCAGAGAGCAGUUAAAGAAAAUAGGUUGCUAUGUAUAAAUGAAACUGUGCGUGUGUGUGCUGAUUUGGAGGAGUUUCACCGGCAUAAAAUAACAGAAAGAUAUAAAAGCAUCUGGGAGGGUGAUGGAAGCUGCGAGACCAAAUGGCAGGUCAGAAGAGAUGAGGAGGUUAAAUAGGAACGUGCAAUGAAUUAGCGGGAGGGUGAGGAUCACUGGGUUUUGCUUAAGAGGAGGAGCAGCUGGCUCUGUAAUUAAAUUACCUCAAGGGAAAGAACAGCUGCUGAGGUUUAUCUGUGCCCUGCUCCCCCCAAUAAAAAUGGGGACCUUUUUCCCUGUGAGCUUUAGAACUACUUCAUUGGAAAGCUCUGUUGAUUACAGAAAAAACCCAGAGUGCUUAGUAUUCUCCAUGAGAGUACAACUUCUCAUGUGAACACCUCGCGUUCUCCUGGGAACUACUGCAGUAGGAUUUCACCACCAGAGCGUUUUAUUAUUGUAAGUAAAUUACUGGAUGGUUUCCUUUCCUGUAAUAUAUUUCUCCCAUUUAGUAUUUCCUGUUGCCUUUUACUUACAGACUGAUCUUUCAAGCACUUCUAGCUGAAGCUGUACUUUGCUUCAUGUGCAUCUGUUAUUACUUCAGACACUCCUGAAAAUAUUCUUUCAAGUACGUGAUUUUAAAGAGAUUUGCAUAGGUGCUGAAUCAGCAGUGUUGCGUAGGACUAACUUUUUAUGUUGCUAAUUGCAGCUUCAUAGUUACUGCCACAUAUUUUCCCUUAGGUAAGGGGAGGUUAAGUUUAUUACACUAUGUAGAUUUAUAGAGUGCAGACCAAGCGAGUCUUGCUGUCAGUCGUUUCAAGCUACAUACAUUAUUUAUGUAUGUAAUGGCAUGAAUAUAAAAAUAUAUGAAGUGUGCUUAUAGGUAUGCAUUUUAUUGCAUUAUAGAUAAUGCCUAGCACUCCUCCAUGGCCACUGAUAGAUUUCUCCAAGUUUAAAUCAGAGAGCAAUUUGAGAGUCAUAUACAACUUAGCCAUGUAUAACUGGUUACAAGCAAGUAGUGUAAACUAAAUUUGAUAGUCUAUUACUUCCUUGAUCUAUUUAGGUUUGAAAUUGUAUCAAGACAAUUUACUAUCUAACAAUAAAGUAAUAUUUAAGAGUUAAGGAACAUUCCUCCUCUACAGUGCUGUCCGAUUUCAUCUUUAUAUGGAUGUAAACCCUGAGCUGAAAAUCCUGAAACAGCUGAAGCUAUUUAUGAAGAUACAGUUUAUGUACAUUGAUAUAAAGAAGCAAAUUUGACUGUGCAUGUGCUUAAGGUAAAUUCUGAUGAAGUAGUUGCCAGAGUUUAGGAGAAGCCAAUGGACAAAACUGUGUUAUGAUAUAGUGUCUUGUUGUUUUGGAAAUAAUUCACAUAGAGAAAGAAAACCAGCCUCUGCUUAGUGAAUUCAGCAGAGAUACUGUCUAGUCUUAACAGCGAGAGCUGAUAUUUUAUAUUCUUUCUUGGCGCUAUUUUACAAACUUUCUUGCAAGUCAGUUAGUCUCCAAGGCUUUUCUUUUUAACAAAGCAGCAAGUUGAUUAUUUUUUUCUUUCCCUACUGCCACAGUGGUAUCUAAGUUGUCAUGACGAGUAAGUCAGUGUGUCAUUGUGAAUGCACUUGUAUUCCUAACAGAGUCUAUGUUGCAAGCCAAGAAUUUUGUACAGUCUUUCAGGUCAUUGUUAUAAUAGCAGAGCGGUCAGAUUCCUACAAUGAUGCUCUGGAUUGGUCCUGUUCUAGUGAAGUGGAAGUGAUUUUUGCAAUGUUUGCUACUGACUUGCACAUCUCCCUGAAUAGCCCUAUUAAAAACUUCUAAUGGCGUACUUAGGUCAACUCUGAUUGUUGUGUCUUGGAAAACUGAUAGUAAACAUAGGCCAGGGCUUCAGUCAGCAUUUUGUAGACUAAAUAAAAGCUUAAAUACAGGAACUUUCUGGGUGGGAUUUAUAUUGAUGCAAAAACCUCCUGAGUUUUUCAUAAUACUGACUUCCAGGAAGUACCAUUAUUGGCAACAGGAUGCGUUCCCUUCUGUUAAACAAAAACAACGGUUAUAUCCCUCUGUUGUCAAAGCGGAUCUCGGUUCUCUUCAUUCUAGUUGUCAAAGCGGAUCUCGGUUCUCUUCAUUCUAAUCAUAUUAGCCGGACAGCCACCCUCGGAGAAUGUUACUGUACCUGGGAAUGGCGGUAACUUCUGCAACAAUCAGAAACUGAACAUUAGAAGGAGAAAAUAAUCCUUCCUGUUGCCGCUGGCUGCUGAGUGCACAGGUCGUGGUGACAGGACAGCGUGUAGCACCCUGCAGCGCUGUGGUUACGAUCACUGUCAGAGUUCGUAUGUACAGAGGCUCUACCAGCACAACCACUAACACGGGUGUUGAUGCAUAUCUGCACAGGCUUCGUUAGUUUAUUCUAGGAGAUAAAUACCAUGAAAAAAGCAAUGGGUCAUAAUUACAUUAUGGUUAAAUCUGUAUUUUAUAAGGUUUGUAGGUUUUUCUGGGGAAAAGCAGACUUUUGAACUAUGUAACUUCUGUGAUAAAGAUGCAUGUAUAACUAGAAAAAAAAUAAUCUAUGCUAACUUGAUAAUGAAGGAAUAAAUACUACUUAUGCCAA